AUGAUCACUUCCUUCCGCAUCGUCAUCUUCUCUAUCAUGGCACCAACCUCGUCCACUGAAGAAAUCAAAGUCCUCGUCACCGGCUUCGGACCAUUCCGCGACGUAACCACAAACCCGUCCUGGGAGAUCGCGCGCAACCUCCCAACUGAACUCACGAGCCCAAAUGGCACACCAAUCAAACUCAUCGUAUCCGGACCCAUACCCGUAGUCUACCACAAAGUGUUCGCCCAAUCCCCCGAGCUCAUCGAGAAGCACAACCCCCACCUGGUCGUGCACAUCGGCUUGGACGCCGGAAUAGACUACAUAGCCGUCGAACAGAGUGCCCUGAAAGAGGGGUACCACGAGAUCCCUGACUACGAUCGCAAAGUCUUCACGCGCUCUGACAACAAGACCGCCUUCGCCAAACACCCGUCCUCGUUGAAGAGCUCGCUCGAUCUUGAGUCAGCAGUUUCGGCCUGCCAGAGCGCUUGUGCGUCCGUUACCAUACCUGUCAAGGACGCCGAUAAUGCGAACGGCAAGCAGGCGAAGAGGAGGCUGGAGGUAAAGCUGAGCGACGACGUGGGGACUUAUUUGUGCGGCUUCAUUUAUUACUGCAGUAUGUUGGAGAUGCAGAAGAGGAAGGAGAAGAGGGAUGUUGUGUUCGUUCACGUUCCACCGUUGGAGAGCGAGGCGGAAAUAAGCGCUGGGGCGCAGAUUGUGAGAGAGUUGAUUGGGGCACUUGUGGAUACCUCGGUCACAAAGGCUUAG